AAAGUAAAACGAAUCGAAGAAUUACUUAUCGGACGAUGGCGUAUAACUUGAAAGACGAAGAGGAGGUAAAGGAGUUUCUGAAGAACCUUCACAUAGAAUAUCAGUUCGGCUGUCACAGCGAGAAAAAGCCGGAGGUGUGUCAUCUACUUGGUGAUUAUUAUGAGAGUAUAAAGCCUGACCUGGAGCAGGCCGCUGCGAUUUACAAAGCGACCUGCGACAAUUACAAUUACGGCAGAAGUUGCGCAAAAUUCGGCGAUUUUAAGGCAGUGGGUAAAGGCUGUAAGCAGGACCUACCAACAGCAUAUAAAUACAUGUCAAAGGGUUGCGAUCUGAACGACCAGUACGGAUGUCUGCAUGCUGGUGUAUUGGGAGUGUCCAAGAACGAUGUCGGGGAGAAAGACAGAGCUACUCAGGUUCACACGGGUGUCAAGCAACUGCAGAAGGCCUGCGACAUGUUCAACGUAGACAAGGCGUGCUUCUAUUUGGCGGGCAUCUACCUGGGCGGCCUAGAGGGUUUCAUCGAUAAAAAUCACAAGGAGGCGUACAAACUCUCGUUGAAGAGCUGCGAGCUCGGCAAUCCGUAUGCCUGUGCGAAUCUGUCGCAGAUGCACUCGCGAGGCGAGGGCGCGCAAAAAAAUCCCGAGCUUGCCGCGACCUUUAAGAAACGCGCCAUCGAGCUUCACAACCAAUUGAAGAAAGCAGCGCCGGAAAUAAAGUUCCAUCAAGGUAUAAGUUCAUAACAUUCGGCUGCUCGAUACGUCAUAGACCGAUCAAAAGGUUUUUCGUCUCCUGCAGUUCUUGUAUUAAUAAAAUAGAAAAAGAAAAUGCC